AGCCUAGCGCCAAUCAUAACAAUCCAAAAUGGCGACGUAGCGAAGAAGGGAAGCGCAUUCGAGAAAACUCCGUGACAACUCUCACGAAAUCAAGACCGCCACCGCCUUUAUCACAGAUAUGUCUGCCAACGAGCCUUUGACUCUUGCUUUAGUGCGGGAAUUCAUCCUGAAAAAUGGAAGCAGAGUUCGCAACCACGACUUGAUAACUCACUUCCGUACCCAGCUAAAUGACCCUGUAAACAAGGGAAAAGUUAGAGCAGACUUCAAGGAAUAUGUGCAUCAAUUGACAACUGUUCAAACUAUUGAUGGGGAAAAGUAUUUUGUUUUAAAGAAACCAAAAGAAGCACCAGCAGUGCUUCGCAAGCCUCCUACGCGCCCCCACACAACGCAUCAUAAGCCACGCCCAGUAUCGGCAAUGCCUGUUGCAAGGCAUGCCAAAAUGUUUGAGGAAAUGGCAGCAGCUCGUUACCCCAUGACGCGGAGUCACUCCGAGGACCAUGCCAUGAAUGAGUUACCGGACAAAGAGAAUCGGCCACGUGAAUUAAAGGCAUUGAGUGACAUGGUCAAGUCUGGCUCUAUUGAUAGUAUGGAUUCUGUAGGGAGUACACACAGCACACCAAAGAUGGGAAGAAAGAUUUCUCAGCCAGGAAAAAGACAGGGUGACUCGCUAGAGAGGAAUUCGCAAGCAUUAUCUGAGGAUGUGUUUGAAGACCCAGAUAUAGAUGGGGAUGACCUGAUGAAUAUUCCGACAAUUCAGCUCGAUGCUAUAGAAAAAGAAUGGUUGCUGACAACUGCUCGGGGGAACAGGGCGCAUAUCAUGUGCUUACUGGAACAAGAACCUUUGCUCGCCAAGAGAAAAGACUUCACUUCCUGUGAAUAUGCAAGGUUUCUUGGUCUUGUCGUUGGAUCAUAA